AUGCUGGGACGUGGAUCCCCCGGUACUGUCGCAGGCGACGCUGGAACAGUACUUGACGCACGCAAGGGUGACGCUGGAGGAGUCCCAAGGGCUGUGCAAGGAGGUAUACCGGCGCAUCCGGAGUUUGCAGUCCAACUGGCGGGCCUGGAGGGACAAAUGGGCGUCCUGUCGGUUCCUCGUGGAUGGGGUUGGUCAGCAGGCGGACUUCCUGGUGCAGUCUGUGCUCAAGGGUGGCAUCGAGGGGAAGUUGAUCAGGGAUCAGUGGAAUGCUGGUGUUUUGGGGUACGUCUUGUGUCGGAUUUACAAAGGUGGCAAGACAAGAUUGACCGGGAAGUCGAACUGCUGGACUCUGUCAGGAACGAGCUGAGCUCUCCUGACGGCACGCGGGACUCAGCCGUGCUAGGGGACUACAUUUCGAGGGAAAACCUUGAUUUGCUGCGAGGCAGGCUCGAGGAGAUCCCGACCGUCGAGACUCACAUUGCAAACAUCACAAACCAGUACCGCGUAAUGGUCCGGAAACUGGAGGAGAAGCUGCUACAGGGGAAAGUGAGGUCACUUUCCAAGUGCUUUGACAGGGAUCUGGGAAUAGAAAACGAGCAAGUCGCCCUACUAAUGACUGAGUACCAUGCGAAAUUGCUUCUUCUGGAGGAAGAAUUAGUAGAACUUCUUCAAUCGCUGACGGACCACUUCGACAAGUGCAAGCUGCUGUUGCAAUUGUCCGCUUCUGGGACUGAAUCGGACUCCGGCAGGAAAUCCACGGAUUACCUAGAGCUUCUUGAAGUGGUACAGACGGACGACAGCCAACUGGGCGCCAUCACGAGGGCUCUGUGCGACACAAUAGACGAUAUCGAUGCGCACUUGCUACAGUUCCAAAAGUUGCUGGAUACAAAGACGGGCCAGCUGGACAAGUCGCUUUUCGCCGUGCAAGAGGUGAUCCUGCAGUUCGAGAAGAACGUCGAGUACUUGACCAUCUUUCAAGAUAUAGGGCAACUGAUCACAAAUUUCAAAGAGCUAUGCGGACAAGAUAUCCAGCUUGUACAAGGUCUGGUCGACUUCUUCGGGAAGUACCGGGACAGCUACGACCGACUGUUACAGGAAGCCCAGCGGCGAAGACAACUCUCCACGAGAAUGCAGGCGACGAUCUCCGAAUGCUUGGACGAACUGCAAACUUUACAGGACGACGACUUCACCAAGAGGACCAAAUUCUUGGAGCAAAACGGGAACUACCUACCGGAGAACAUUUGGCCGGACCAAAUAGACGACUUCUCACCGUUGUUCACGUUAGAGUACACUAUAAAGAAGGUGUAA